AUGACCCUCAAAGACACUGUCAAGGACGCCCACCUUCCGUCCCCGCAAGAGAUCAAGGAAGAUGUCGUUGCUGCCUCCAAAUCAUCAUUGCAGUCGCUCCGUGCGCUCGUCGCAGGUGGCGUGGGCGGUGUAUGUGCAGUCGUAGUCGGGCAUCCGUUCGACCUGGUCAAGGUGCGGUUGCAGACGGCAGAGAAGGGCGUGUACAGCGGCGCCAUGGACGUGGUACGGAAGACUAUCGCCAGAGAAGGCCUGGCGAGGGGUCUGUAUGCAGGCGUGAGUGCGCCGCUGGUGGGCGUUACUCCCAUGUUUGCUGUGUCCUUCUGGGGUUACGAUCUGGGAAAGCAGCUCGUCAAGUCCCUCUCCACUGUGCACAACGACCAGUUCUCCGUUGCCCAGAUUUCUACCGCCGGUUUCUUCUCUGCCAUUCCCAUGACCUUGAUCACUGCUCCCUUUGAGCGAGUCAAGGUUCUCCUCCAAAUUCAGGGCCAGAAGCACCUCGCCCCCGGCGAGAAGCCAAAGUACUCUGGCGGUCUAGACGUGGUCAGGCAGCUGUACAAAGAGGGCGGCAUUCGCUCAGUCUUCCGCGGUUCCGCCAUGACUUUGGCUCGAGACGGUCCCGGUUCUGCAGCCUAUUUCGCAACUUAUGAGAUUGUGAAGCGCAAGCUGACCCCCAAAGAUCCCGAGACCGGCCUCCCGGGCCAGCUUUCCCUCCCUGCCGUUAUGGUCGCAGGUGGCGCCGCAGGCAUUGCCAUGUGGAUUCCCGUCUUCCCCAUUGAUACCGUCAAAUCGAGGCUACAGUCUGCAGAGGGCCGCCCUACCAUCAGUGGUACCAUCAAGAGCAUCCACGCUUCCGGUGGCUUCAAGGCAUUCUUCCCUGGUAUCGGCCCCGCCCUGGCACGCGCAGUGCCUGCCAAUGCCGCCACCUUCUUGGGUGUAGAGUUGGCUCACAAAGCCAUGAACAAGAUGUUUGACAGCGAUGUGGAAUAG